UCCUGGGGUCGCGGCUAGGUUAGGCUCCCGGGGAGGAGGAGGAAGCGCCCGGGAACUCGGUUGACGGCGGUUCCCGUCCCCAGAGCGCUCCAGGGCGGGCGGGCGAGGGCCUGUUUUCCUUCAGUCAGGGUUCGCCCUGACGCCCAGCGAACCGAUGGCCCUGCCGCCAGGACCCGGUGACUCUGCCCUGGUUGAUGAUCGUUGUCCUCCAGAACAGGGAUGGAGGAAAUACCCGCCCAGGAAGCAGCAGGAUCAGCAAUUGUCCAGUUUCAGUCUUUGGGGAGCCAGUCUGAGGGUCUGUCCCCAGAGCCUCAGUUCGCGCAGGACACCGACAUGGAGCAGGAACUCAACGGGGCUCCACCUGUUCCCCAGGUGCCUGCUCUUCCCCAUGAGGGAAGCCCAGGAGACCAGGCAGCCACGCUCCUGCCAGCCAGGUACCAGGAGUUUGUGACAUUCGAGGAUGUGGCUGUGCACCUUACUCGAGAGGAAUGGGGAUGCCUGGACCCUGUUCAGAGGAAUCUCUACAGAGAAGUGAUGUUAGAGAAUUAUGGGAACGUGGUCUCAGUGGGAUUUCCAUUUCCCAAGCCUGAUGGGAUCUCCCAGCUGGAACAAGAUCUACAGGUCUUUGAUCUGGAAACUAAGAAUAGAGAAGUCUUAAGAGAUGACUGCUCAGAUGGAGAGACCAGAGAAGAGAACAAGCUGUUGAUUCCUAAGCAGGAAAUUUUGGAAGAAGUACAUUCAUACAAAGUGAGAGUAGGAAGACUCAAAAAGGAUAUUGCCCAAGUUCCUGGGACUAGAGAAAUGUCUAAACCUGAGGACAGAUUAGAAAGGCUUCAGGAAAUCCUAAGGAAAUUUCUCUUCCUGGAGAGAGAGUUUAGGCAAAUAACAAUCAGCAAGAAAACCUUCACCAGUGAGAACAAUGAAUGUAAUGAACCUGAAAAAAGCUUCAGUCUGGACUCUACCCUUGAUACAGAUCAGAGAGUUCUUAGAAUACAGAAUAUUGAUGACAUUGAUAAGUAUGAUAUGGGCGUAAACCAGAAUUCAGCUGCUGGUAAACAUGAACAAAUAAAUCUAAUACAGGAUGUUCAGAGUAGUGAAUAUAAGGAAAGCUUAAUGGAUCUCUCCCACCUUAGUAAAUGUGAGAGCAUUUCUGCCACUGAGAAAUCCUAUAAAUGUGAUACAUGUGAGAAAGUCUUCCAUCAGAGCUCUGCCCUUUCUAGACAUCAGAGAAUUCAUACCAGAGAGAAACCCUACAAAUGUAAAGAAUGUGAAAAAUCUUUCAGUCAGAGUUCAAGUCUUAGUCGACAUAAAAGAAUACACACUAGAGAAAAGCCCUAUAAAUGUGAACCAUCUGAUAAAUCCUGUGAAGCAUCUGAUAAAUCCUGUAGUCAGAGCUCAGACAUAACUCCACAUAAGAGGAUUCACACUAGAGCAAAAUCUUAUAAAUGUAGUAAUUGUGAAAGGGUCUUCAGUCGUAGUAUACAUCUUACUCAACAUCAGAAAAUUCACAGAGAGAUGCCCUGUAAGUGUACUAUAUGUGGCAGUGACUUCUAUAAUACCUCAUACCUUGUUGAACAUCAGAAAGUCCACUGUGAAGAGAAAGCCUAUGAAUACAAUGAUUGUGGGUUGACCUUUGUUAAACAUCAAGGAAGUCAUCUCAGAGAAAAGCCCUAUACGUGUAAUGAAUGUGGAAAAGACUUCAGAUUGAGUUCCCAUCUUAUUCAGCAUCAAAGAAUUCACACAGGAGAGAAACCACACAAAUGUAAUGAAUGUGGAAAAGCUUUCAGUCAAACUUCAUGCCUUAUUCAGCAUCACAAAAUUCAUGGGAAAGAGAAAUCCUAUGAGUGUAAUGAUUAUGAGGAAAGUUUCAAUCAUAGCUCAGAUCUUGUUCUUCAACAAGAAGUCCUCUCUAGAGAAAAGGCCUUUGAUUGUGAUGCAUGGGAAAAGAACCUCAGUCAGAGAGCACACCUUGUUCAACAUCCGAGAGUUCAUACCAAAGAGAAACCUUAUGAAUGUGAUGAACGUGGGAAGACCUUCAGUCAAAUUCAGGCCUCCUUCAAUAUCUGAGAGUUCAUACCAGGGAGAAAUCAUAUAUGUGGUGAAGCCUUCAGUCACAGCUCAACCUUUAUUCAUCAUCAGAGAAUCCACACCAGAGAGAAACCGUCUGAAUGUGAUAAAUGUAGGAAAACUUCAUCAACAUCUGCAAACCCAUACCAAUGAGAAAACCUACCAAUAUAUUGAAUGUGGAAAAUGCUUCAUGCUGUUUUCAUACCUUAGUCACCAUUGGAGAAUUCAUACUGGAAUAAAAUUCUGCCACUGUAAUGAAUGUGAAAUAGCCUUCAAAGAAACUACCUUGUUCAGCAUCAAAUUCAUUCCAUGCAGAAAGCCUAUGAAUGUAAUAAACAUAUGCACAUGGGAAGAUUCAGUCAUAUUCCACCCCUCAUUCAACAUCAUUCCAUACCCAGGAGGAGCCAUUUGAGUGUAGUAAAUAUGACAAAUCUUUCAGUGAGAGUUCAAGUUUUUUUUUUUUUUUUUUUUUUUAUCCUUAGAAAGUCCAGACUAGAAUCUAAUCUAAUGCAAAUGGAAAAAUUUACCAUAUUUCAGGCUUUACUCCACAUCAAAAUACUGGAGUGAAAAUUUUAUAUAAAAUUGUUAAUAUAUAGCCCUGAUCUUUUUCAUUGCAGAAGAAUAUAGUCUGAGAAGUGACUUGGUGAAUGCAGUGCUGUUUCCUCAUGGCAUUCUUUUAUUUAAUAGGUGGUGUACGUAGGUAUAUAAACUUUAUUUAUGGAACUCAUUUAAGCUAUUUUUAAAAAUAUGGCCUAUAAAUAAUUUUAAUUUUCCUCAAAUUGGUUCCUGUUAUAGCUUCUCUAAGAUAUUGUUAAUACACCAAUGUACAAACAUACUAACUUCUGGAAAGUAGCUCGUUUAGCUUUUUCUGCUGUCCUCAGCCCAAGAUUUUUUCAAAACAGACUCUUAGGUCUGCUGUUUCCUGAGCAUCCUACUUCCUAUUCCUUUCCAGCCACAACACUUGGAUUCCUGUUGAUUUCUCCAUUCUCUUAGCACCUUCAAAUGAUGGUUUUCUAGUGUUAAGCUUUUCACCAGCAGGUAUACCGUCCCUACUUGAUGUUGCUGUCUUCUUUCCUAAAGUUGAAGCAUCUUCCUUUAAAAAGAAUUGGAUUUCCACGUCCUGUCCAUCCAAGAGUUUGAAGGAUUCUAUCUCCCAUGUAUUUGGGGCAGGCAGCUAAUAAAUACUUUCAAAUGACACCCACAUUCUUAGCUGCCUUGUCUGCAUCCACAGCCCUCUAAUAAGAGAUGAUAAGAACAUCAGGGAGCCAACAACACGCCUGGUGGUCUAGCUGCAUUCAUUCAGCGCCUAAUCUGCAUGGUGAAGUUUAGAACUAUCUUAUAUACUUCUGUUGAAGGCCAGCAAAAUGCUCAGGUCUGCUUUUGAUAGAGCAAAAUAUAAAGAACCUAUACAAAAAAGUCUGAGAACUUCAUAAGGGAAUGCAACUUUUCAAAAAAGAUAUUGCUGUUCUUAGGUAAUAUCUCUAGAGAGAGUAUUUCAAGAGAGUGUCAGGUCUGUUCCUGGUAAAAUUUUAAUUACUACGCUUGCUUCUUUAUCUGUUUGAAUUUUUGCCCCCCAGUCUCCCUCAUCAAUGCAAGACAGUAUUUGAAGUGUGGGAGCUUUGUGUAUAAUUGUUUAUUCAUCAUCACAUUUUCUGUAUUAUACCAGAGUCCACAGACCAUAUAAAAGAACUUGGGUUUUUUGAUCACAGAUGUCGGGAUGUCCAGAGUUCAGGGUCACUGUUAACACUUCGCCAAGAAUUCAUGAUUCUUUAGGUGAUGUCAGAGCAUCUUACUAUAUUUUGUUAUAUGUUUCCAUCUUAAGCUUCAUAACAUUUUGUGAAUUAGACAAGUGUUAUUUAACAUUCUUUUUGUCAUUCCAGCAAGUGAGGCCUUUGUGAUUCAGAUGUUACAAUAUUCACUAGAGAUCCUCAACAAAUAUAUAAAAAUCUAUUGCUUAUUCUAUUAGCCUCUUAUGGCUAACCUCUAGGAUAGUUCUACGACUAUAUUUUGCCGCUUAGCCAUCAGCAAGCAUAGGAUCUUAUCAGGGCAAAGUAGAGAACUAAAUGAAUUGAUUUAAAUGUAAAAGCAAAUGAAAAUGCAUGUUACUUUCCUUGUCUAUGAAUGUGUAUCCCUUUAUGUACAGAGACCAGUGGUCACUUCUGUUAAUUAUGAAACAGAUUAAUCCCUAAAUAGCAGAAUAUGUAAAAAAUCACAUGUAUGCAAUUGGUUUAGGAAUGUGCUUUUGUACUUCCACUUGAAUAAAGGUGUGUUUGAUACUCAGAA